AUGGCAGGCAAGGGAAAACAGGACAGUAAAUCGGAAAAUGGUGUGUCGGGGGGCAGCGCCGUUAACGGCGCAACGCCAGAUCUCAUGGCCCUCGUUGCGUCCAGCCAAAUAUUGCAGCAAAUCUUGAAAGUAGACGUCGACAACCAGCGGCUACGAGAACGAAACGCGGACCUCGAAGCGGCGAACCGGACCAACUGGGACACGAUAUUGGGGGACCGCGACUCGUGGAAGGCUGACAAGGCGGCGAUGGAGCGCGAGCUCGAGGACGGGCGGAACGAGGUCAAGGUCCUGCGGGAAGCAAAAACCAAGGCCGACGAGCUUGCGAAACAGGUCCAGGCGCAGGAAAAGCAGAUCCUCGCGCAGGGCGAGACCAUUAAGAAGAAGGACUCGGAGAUUGGUCGACAAGAGAACCUCUGCGCCAAGGCAAAGGAGCAGCUCGAGCAGGAGAAGGCGAGCGCCAAGGUUGUAGCUCACAGCCUGCAGGAGGCCAAGAAGAACUUGAACCGGACCAAAGAGGAAAUGGAAGCAGUCAGCGACGAGCUUGCUGAGUUCCGGUCCUUCACUGCCCCGCUGCAGCCCAUGAAGAAUGGCAAAGGGCAAAUUCAAAAGGCACUUGGCGACACUUUCUGUCGAUUCCUCGAGUUUUUCCACGCCGAGUUCAGCGUCGACGUCAAGACACAUGUUUCGACAACAGGAAGCCCCCUAGAAGAACACUGCAUAAACAUCCCGCUGCCAGCGUCCAACUCGCCGGCGGCAAAGCAGAUGAGGGUCGCCGCCGCACUCCGCGUGGCUGGCAUGUUCCUUCAGAGGCACGUUUUCCGGCACGCACUCGUGAGCUACGAGUUGGACCGCGCCCUAGAUGCCGUCGCCUUGGUCAAUCCGGACCACGAAGCGUUUGUGCGUUCCGUCUUGCUAAAGUUGCACAAGGUGGCUCCUGAAGAGCAGGAAGAGAUGCAAAAGGAUAAUGUCGACAGCGCUGUCAAGGAAAUCGCCAGCACGCUAGGGCAGAUAGUUCCCAACGUUGAAGGAUUUCACUCAAGGCUGCAACCGCUCUGCGAAAUGGCUGCCGAGGCCUGGAAGCCAACUGCGGAAAUGGAGGGAAGAAUCGAGGCACACAUUCGUUUCAUCGAAUCUGAUGAUUGUCGUCCGGUUCCGUUCCCGCAAGCACAGAGUGAACCGCCGCCCAAUGGCGCAAACAACAAUGACAAUUCACAGCCGCCGUCGGACCCCGUGCAGCUCAGUAAAGGCGAUCUGGCGAGGGUGAUUUGGCCUCUGGCCAUGGCACAUCAUUUUGAUGGCGAUGGCCCCGAGUUUGAGGUGAUGAGCUGCGGUUAUGUCUUGACCAAGGCGCAGAUUCAAGAGGCCGAGGAGGAAGUAUCCCGCGAGUCCACGCCGCGCAAAAAAGCUAGACUGGAAAGCAGACUGCACAUGGGCGAAAAAAAAAGAAGAAAUUCGAUCGCUCCGAUGGCUUAA